AGCGUUCCGAUGCUCUCGUCAUAGCCAACUGAAGCCUUCGUCCAGUCAACAGUUUCGUCCUUCCUCUCACGAUACGCAUGUGCUACUUUUGCAUCAACCAACUAGCAACAUUGGAAGCCGCGAAAGGCUGCACGCACGAGGCACGAUUCUCGGCAUAUCAGGAGCGCCUGUCUUCAUCGCGCACCUGGCUCCAGAAGAUUCUCUUAGGAGUAUCUGCUUCUGCUUCAGCCUGAACGUAUUAAAUCGGCGCAACGGUGCGGCUGUAGCAUAUUUAUUCGUCUUUGUGUUGCUUGUGUUAACGGUGUAAGUAACUGUAGGCUAGGGCUGUGGUGGUCGCAUGUUUUGAUCACUAUUUCGUGUGUCUGACCAGCUGCAGCGUGUUGCGGCGUGAUAUAAAGCGUAGACAUAACCCCAUUACGGGCGCAUCGGCUGGAGCAAAUCGAUGCAAGUUCUGGCUCGUAUGUGGAAAUAAACGCACGUGUUCGUGCGACAACAUGGUGAUCCUUACCAGCUUCCCGCCACCGGACGAAGGCAUCCGUCACCGCGAGGAGGCGACGGCCGCGUUCAUCCAAAGCAGGGGCCUGGGCAAGGGAACGCUCUACAUCGCCGAGAGCCGUGUCUCAUGGGUUGGCCAAGACAGCUCUGGCUUUUCACUGGAGUACCCGUCUGUGGCACUGCAUGCUUUGUCGCGGGACCUGCGAGCCUUUCCAGAGGAGUGCCUCUAUCUUAUGAUUGACGGUGAUCUGGGUGAAGGUGAAGAAGAGUCCAGCGAGAAUGGACAGGAUGAUGACGAGCAACCUGCGUCAGAGAUCCGCUUCGUGCCAGACGACAAGUCGCACUUGGAAGCCAUGUACAAGGCAAUGUCAGAGUGCCAAGCCCUGCACCCAGACCCUGCUGAUGUUGGUGAUUCAGAUGAUGAUGCCGUUUACGAGGACGCCGAUGAGGAGGAUGAAGGGGCUGAGUACGACGUCCGAGCAGCCGAACAGCAGCGCGGCUGCCACCAACUCGAAGCUGAUGCAGGUAAUGGUGACUGGGAGGCUGGGGAUGAGCCCAUGGAGACGGGUCAAUUUGAAGAUGCAGAACCAGACCAUUGAAUCUAGCUUCAUUCACCUCGCCGGAUGCUUCCGCUACAAAAGGCACUGAUAUAAGGAGAAUACAUCUUGUCAUUUGUAUGAAGAGACAGCAGAGUGGUCCAUUUCACCAACCGUUGUUGCAUGAGGUGCUAAACCUAAUGAAUAGCUGGGAGGACAUCGCAAAGUUAUCACUGCUGUUUGACUUCACAAUGAGUGAUACCCUGCAUUUGUUUGCCUGAUGCUAUCGCCCUGUCUGCAUAGAAGCUGAAUAGACAUUGCUAGCUGCCUUGUUUAAAGUUAGAUUAUGGGGAUUGCACAGGAGAAGCAGAAAUAUAUUAUGCAUAUUGAGGCAGUUUCACUGCUGAACUUGACAUCACAUGAUUCAUUGUAUUUAUCGUUUCCAGGGCUACACUUUCACUCAGCCAAAGAGGAAAGCGUGUAGACAUGUUUGCGUGUAUGUGCUGUAUGUCCUUUAUGUUUGUCUUCGUCUCCCUUCUGAAGGAAGGUGUCAGGACGCCAAAUAAACUUUGUUACUCAUUCUGCA